CGGAACCGGAGGAACCGGAGCCGCCCCCGCACAUGCGCAGAGCGGGCGCCCGGCGGCCCGGGCCUCGCUCCGCCCGGGCCCGGCGCGGCCAUGGGCACCACGAUCAGCUGCUGUGCAGAGAGUUGUGAGUUUAUGAAGCACCUCAGCAGUUUCUCUCACUCUUCCUAGAAGGUGUCACAGGAAAACUUCACUCUUUUGUUCCAAGGAUUCAGUGGCAUCCCAGAACAGCAGCGAGUUGGAUGGCAGCACCCCUAAAAUGUCCCCAAGGGGAGGAAUAAACUGGUGGAUGCCUUUGAAAGGCUGCCUGGCCCUGCCUUGCAGUGACAGUGAGAGCACAAGGCUGGCCUGAGCCAGGGGAGGUGCGUCCCUCGGCGGCCGUCCAGCCCAGGGUUAGCUGCGCCAGGCUGUCCCGCUGCCGCCUGAUAUGUGCCCCGGGGGUGGCCUGGGGCGGGCAGCGCGGGGCGGGGCCCGAUGCCGGUGAUCCCCAUUCCGCGGCGGGUGCGCUCGUUCCACGGCCCGCACACCACCUGCCUGCACUCCGCCUGCGGCCCCGUGCGCAGCGCGCACCUGGUGCGCACCAAGUACAACAACUUCGACAUCUAUCUCAAAUCGCGAUGGAUGUACGGCUUCAUCCGCUUCCUGCUGUACUUCAGCUGCAGCCUCUUCACCUCCAUCCUCUGGGUGGCUCUGUCGAUCUUGUUUUGCCUUCAGUACCUCGGCAUCCGCAUCUUCCUGCGCUUCCAGUACAAACUCUCCAUCAUCCUGCUGCUGCUGGGGAGGAGGAGGGUGGACUUCAGCCUCAUGAAUGAACUGCUCAUCUACGGGAUCCAUGUGACCAUGCUGCUGGUGGGGGGGCUGGGCUGGUGUUUCAUGGUCUUUGUGGAUAUGUAAAUAAAACCAAGCGCAUGUGGGAUCAG